UUUAUGUUACAAGGCCAUCGGCAGCGCAGCAAAGGCAUCAAAGGGUGGAGGAGGCAGGAGGGGGCUGUGCUGGGGCACGGCACAGAGGGGCAUUGGCUGCUCCCCCACCCCCGAGAGCCACUGACCCCUGGGCGAGGAUGACCCCGGAGGAGGAAGGCUCCCGGGCAGGGCCCCCAGAGCGGGUGCGUAUCCGGGUGGAGGAGCAGUCGUUCUGUGUGGAGAAGACCCUGCUGGUGGAGAGCAGUGAGUACUUCCGUGCCCUCUUCCGCUCGGGCAUGAGGGAGAGCACGCAGGAGGAGAUCGGGCUGGGGGAGCUGAGCGCGGCCGGGUUCCUCGCCAUGCUGCGGGUGCUGGAGGGCGAGAGGCCCAUCCUUGGCAGCGAGGAGACCCUCCAGGCAGUGGAGUGUGCUGCCUUCCUGCAGGUAAAGCCCUUGGCCAAGUACCUGAUCCACUCCAUCAACUCCGACAACUGCAUCCUGCUGUACCAAGCUGCUGCCAUAUUCGGCCUCCUGGAUCUCUUCCACUGCGCUGCUCUCUAUAUCAGGGACAGCUACGCUGAGCUGGAGGAGUACCUGGACUGCCUCUCUGAUGACCUGCUGGCCUAUGUGGAAGCCCUCCUGCCCAGCACCUUUGUGGCAGUGGGAGCCCACACACCCACCUUCGAGUUCUUGGAGGACCUGUCCAGGACCAUCUGCUACCUGGACGAGGAGACCAACACGUGGAGGACCCUCUCCUGCCUUCCGCUGAGCGCCAGCACAUUCCUAGCCGGCAUGGCAACCAUGGAUAAUAAGAUCUACAUCGUGGGUGGCGUCUACGGGGCCAACAAGCAGGUGGUGGAGAGCAGCUUCUGCUAUGACGCUGACGCCAACACCUGGAGCGAGUUCCCCAGCCCUCACCAGCUGCGCUACGACGUCAGGCUGGUGGGCCACGAGGGCUUCCUCUACGCCAUUGGGGGGGAGUACGAGAAGAUCUCACUCAAGUCCGUGGAGAGGUACGACGUGGCCUCCAGCACUUGGACGUUCGUCUCCGACCUGCCGCAGCCCAGCACGGCAGCGCCCUGUGCCCAAGCCCUCGGGCAGAUCUUUGUUUGCCUGUGGCAGCCACUGGACACCACCGUCAUCUACGAGUACGAGACCCAGCGGGACGAGUGGCUUCCCGUCACCGAGCUCAAGCGGCACCAGAGCUACGGGCACUGCAUGGUGGCCCACCGUGACAACCUCUAUGUCAUGCGCAACGGCCCCUAUGAUGACUUCUUGCGCUGUGUCAUCGACUGCUUCAACCUGACAUCGCGGCAGUGGACGGCCCUGCCUGGGCAGUUCCUGAACAGCAAGGGAGCCCUGUUCACUGCUGUUGUCAGGGGGGACACCAUCUACACUGUCAACAAGAUGCUGACACUCCUCUACUCCGUGGAAGAGGAGACCUGGAAGCAGAAGAAGGAGCGAGCAGGUUUCCCGCGCAGUGGCUCCCUGCAGACCUUCCUCCUGCGGCUGCCGAGACGUGACCAUGACAUCGCGACGUAGGUGGUCCCCCAUCCCAUGUCAGGAUGCUCUCCUUGCACAUGGCUCUGCACUUGCUGCUCCCCUGGGCUCCUCUCCUCCUCCGUGGAGUUGUGCUCAGGUCCAGGGAUGCCUCAUGUUGGACCCUGGAGGUGACACUAGACCCUGCCAGAGGGGAAGGGACUGCAGGCAGUUGCUGCUGUGCCUGCCUGCCCUGCACGAGUGCAAAGUCCUGCCAGACGUGGGCUCAUGAGCCAACUGUGUGCGCGGCUUCGUGGCUUCUGCAGAGAACAGGUACCAGAGAGGUGCUAACAGGGGGUUUAUUUAUUCUGACUACACUCUGAGGGUGUGCAGGACUCCACCUCCUCUCUUCCCUGAUGGGGAAUCAUUCAUUAUAUCUCAGAAUUAAAAGGAAACCUAUAGAAAAGCUUCUCAUUACAGAAUUUUCAUUACUCUUGGGUUUGGUUCCCCCCCCUCCUUCUGAAGGAUAAUACCUCCUAACAGAGAUCCAUGUCAGGACUCACUUCUGCCCCUGAAUGCUUUUUCAGCUGCAGCUCCAUUUCAGAGCCGUAUGUGGGAGUGUGGUUCCCACACAGCCCUGUGCUCCCCUGGGAUAUCUCCAUGGCCACAGCAGGGUCCUGGGAGGAGGAGGAGAGAUGGGCGGUAAAGGAAAGCAGCUCCUGGGCAUUAGUGCUUAAUGCACUGAGGGUUUUCUGGGACCUGGGAACCAUCCAUCAUCCCCCCAAGCCUCAGCAAGACCCAAAGGGGUGGCAAGUGCUGGCUCUCGUCAGAGGCUUGUUUGAACCAAGUCAGGGUCUUUUGAGGACAUGGCAAAACUUGGAAGUACAGAGGGUACAAAAAGGGAGGGAGCACCACCAUUGCAUGGUGAUGCCAGGCUUGCAGAGCUCCAAAGCCAGAGGAGCUGUUCCCAUGAGAUCCCACUGCCUGGAGUGGAAGGUUGCUGACCCUCAGCACCAGCUCUGGGGGUGGCUAGAGAGCACAGAGCUCCCCUCUGUGACUGCAGUGCUGGGGGACCAGGGCAGCAGCAAACCCAGACUGUGGUCAGCUGGUCUUCCAUCCAUGGGUCAGGCUUUGGGCUGCUGUGCUGUCCUGGCUGGGAUGGAGCUGAAGGGAAUACCAGCCAGGGUGCCUCAAAUACCUCUGUACUGACCCUCGCCAAGUUCUCAGCAUUUUCAAAACAGUUCCCUCAUUUGAGAAUAAACCCACUCAAUGCAACCACAAACCGAAACAAACCAGAAAACCCCAACUUGCAACCAUGGCCAGAUGGAUGUGCCUUGUCCUCAUUUGUUCCCUGCCACUGGGCCAGGCUACCACUCUGCUGUCACCUGUGAUGGGACCACAGCCCUUGGAGGUGCAGGUCUGGCAGUGGCACAGGGGAGGCAGAGGUCACCGAGGUACCUCCCUCACCUCUGCACCAUGGGCAGCAUAAGAGGAAUUGUGUUGGUGUCCCCGGGAGGACGUUACAGGAACCCAUCAUGUCAAAUCCUCACUCCCCUCCCAGAUAAAGCCAAUUAACAUUUCAGGUUGUCUUCUCCUAACUGAGAGCAGCAUAUGGAAACAUGCUGCUUUAAAACCAUUUCAGGUUGAACAAACAGCUUAAACCUCCAUUAAAAUAAAGUUAAAAUAAUUCUGUUAGUAAAAUAUUUAUGUUGGGCUCCUGUGGCCAACCCUGGACUGCUGAACUUGGCAGGCUCUCCCCUUCCCUCCAACUCCAACACCAAGUGAUACAACCUCCUCCCCACCUCCACACGCUGGUUUUUCGACAGUUCAGGGGUUUACAAAGAUAUUUGUAGACAAAAUGCAGAAGAUUUUAAGUGCAGCACUUAGGGGAAAGUGCAGGUCUUGGCAGGCUGUUGAGUAUGGCAUGGAUAACCCAAGAGAGGAGUCAUUUGUUGCAUCCAUCAAUCCAGACCGUGAUACAGAGAGUAACACAAGAUAAUUUUAGGUGCAAAGGGAGCACAAAAGAUACAGCUCUUACCUCGGCAAGAAACGAUAAGCCAGGGUCAAGGAGGCUCCUCUAAGGAGGGUGAGAGGCUGCUCAGCCUUUGUGGGCACAACGCUGCUACCAGAAUUCAGCCCUUGACGUUUCACGCUGCUGGCACCAGCUCAGCACCUUUAUCUCCCCCUCUCCAUCCUGAGGGGUUCGUUCCGCCAAAGAUCACAGUUCCAGGCGACACGAUCGUCCUAAUCACAGUUUAACCUUUUUCAAGUUUCUUUUUUAAGGUGACAUCAUCUUGGCAAGAGAGGACGUAAGGAAAAGCUGUCUGUAGAAUGGACUUGCCUUAUAAGGGCCACAUCAAAAAUAAAAGCUUGUAUAAGCAAGGGAAAGCUGGAGCAAAAACAGGGCUGGGAGAUUCAGGAGGAGCCUGUGAGCUCCUCGGGGAUAUCUCCCUUGGUCACACAAGGUACCACAUUUUCUGUUUCAAUGCCAUUAAAGAAGGGCAGGAAAAAAGCUUCCUUGGGAAUGGAUGGGUCAAGCCCCCCAUACUUGGAUGCCAGGUUUCCUUGUCCAUCCAGGCAAGAAUGAAGGCAGCCGUGGAGAGAUGUACCUUCCUGCUGUUGUCUGGCAUCUACCUGGAGAUCCAGGGAGAAGGGACACAGUGUUUUACCUCAAUGGCAGUAUGUUAGACUGAGAGAUUAUUUGGAAGGAUACAGUGGAAAAAUGGUACUAAUGCAACUAACGAAGGAUUUUCUCUGCUGGGUUGUGCCAGUUGGCAUCCUGACAGGAAAAGACACAAACACAUUGCAGAAGAACCCCCCCAAGCAUCUUUACUCAAAGAAAUUACAUCUGUAUCUAAUUCACAGGAAAAUAACAUACUUUAUGUGAAAACACUGUCCACUGUUCCAGUGCCAAACCAAGACACACAUCCCAUUCUCUGUCCUUCAGUUGCAUAAAUUCCCCCGAGCAUCCAGAUGUUCCCGAUGCUGACUUUCAUGCUUAACUUCAUUUGGAGCCACUGUCUUCACAGUUUAGGGAAACAUCCCCUGAAUUUUCCUGAUUUGGGCAGAGCAUGAGGGCAGUGAGCAGUUCCCCGUCUCUCUGUUCUGAUUUCAGGAAGUUCCCUGAGGACAAACUCUUACCUCCACCAUUUUGCAUUCAACCUCAUGUAUUUCAGAGCAAGGCAAGCCUGUUUUCUUUCCUUACCCUCAUGGAAUUGUGUAUUUUUCUCACAUUUCUGGUUUAAAAGGAGAAGCUAAUGUGAUCAAACCGGAUUUCAAUUACAAUAUUCAAUCAUGACUAAGUCAGCUGAGACUCUUACCAAGCCAGGACCAACACAUGUUCCUUCAGAUUUUAGGAAAACAAUUUCUUCUGAUGAUUUAUAUAAUCUCUUAAGAAUCCACAUUUGAUUGUAGCUGAAAACAUGACACCCAUCACCCCAGGUGGAGGGAGAACACUGUGGUUUGGGUUUUGCAAAAAUCUAAGCCGAAGGCGGUUUGGAUCUUAUUUCAUCUAAUCUGAACAGCUGAGAUGAUCAGGGUGGGGAUGUGUGGGUGAGGAGAUAAAUAUUCCUCCUAUGAAGUCGGUGCCUGAAUGAUAAACACUCUUAUGAUGGAUGUCCAUAAAAUGAGAUGAGACACCAAGGAAGAGCUGUGAAGGUCCAUGACUGGUUGUUUCCAGGGGUGGGGAUGGAGCAGCAGAACCACCUGAGUGCUUCUGGUGCAGUCUGGAGAGGGGAAGCUGUGAUGGGUCCAGGGUGCUGCUCAGUGGGUUUUCAUCACGAGCUCUUCCAGUGCCCUCUCCCUCUGAUUCCCACAAAGCAAAAGAACUUCUUUGAUUUCAUUUUGCUGGAAACCCAUAUCGUUAAACUGAGCCAACAGAUGCAAGAAUUUAGCUGCCUGGAGGAAGAAGGAAGAGAGGGGAAUGAUGUUAUCAUGGAUGGAUCCAUCGUGGGGUUGCAGCAGCAGUGCUGUGGGACAAGGCUGCAGCCAGAUGCCCUGGCUGGGUUGUGUCACCGCCAAAGGGCACCACAACAGCAGCCCGAGGACACACAUACCCCUGGUAGCAUUUCAACUUCUUAAAUAAGAAAUAUUUAAUAAAGUCAGCCUCCAGCUUCA